UCGGCACCGCCCUGGUUGAUGCAUAAGGUAAAUCUGGUUCUGCCCCUGCUGCCGGGAUUCUGUUUGAUGAAUUGACAAUGGAUUCCUAUCUUGUCACGUGAAAUGCAAUGUCAGGCGCGUACACCAUACAGCGUGAUACUUCCAGAGGACGAUCGAACUGUGCGACCUCUUUUAUUGCGGUGCUGACUACCUGUGGCGAUGCUGGAUGGGCGGACGAGGCCGAUAUAAUUACGUUGAUAUGAUGGUAUGUGCUCAAGCUUGGCUGGUACGUUGUCCACUAUAUAUAUAUAUACAUAUUAUUCGUCGGUGUCGAAAAGGGUCGAGUCGCUGAGAAGUCGACAGAGCGGAGGGACCGGGGGGGAGCACAGGAGGGCAGUGGGAAGCGUUGGAUAGAAGCCACGAGGAGGAGCAUGUCUUUAUUGAAGGACACAAUAAGCAAGGCAGAGAUUCAUGUUUCUUCCCAUCGUUCACACCCCACAUUCACAACACUCCAUUUUUCCCAGUUCUCCUACGUCUUUUGACUGGUUUCCAAGGGUCUGGUAAAACUAAACUAUUAUAUGAAAAGAAGAUGACUGGUAUGUAUAACUGGCAACUGGCAAUUCCCUAGUCAAAAGUUCGACACAGUACUAGAAAAUGUCCCGAGUAUCCUCCGCCAAGCACUUAUUUCAAAGCGAAAGUUGUUGAAGAGAAAAGGUAACCCACUACAUCUUCCUUCGCUUAAAGGUAACUGAGAAGGAGAAGAUUAGAAUAAGAGCAAAAAGUAGGCGAAAGAUGCACAAGAGGGACAUUCCUUGACAGAGAUCGAGGGAGAGGGACGAGAGGGAGAGAGUGUGCGAGAGAAGGGAAACCCUGGUAGAUGGGCAUUUCUGGAGCCCAACACCAACACCACCGCCACCGCCACUCCCUUUCUCCUCCCCAAAUCUCUAAAACCCCAUUUCCACUCCUUGCCAUAACCCUAACACUUCUGUCUCUUCUCUUCCUCUUCCCCGCCGUCGCGGGUGACCUCUACUCCCUGGUCUACAAGGGCUGCGCCAACCAGACCCUCUCGGGUAGUGGUUCCGCAUACAUGCAGCCCCUCGCCGCACUCUCCUCCGCCCUCACCGCCCGGGCCGCCUCCGCCAAGUUCUACAAAACCACCACCUCCUUGGCCGGCGGCGGCCAGCCCCUCUUCGGCCUCUUCCAAUGCCGCGGCGACCUCCCCCCCUCGGACUGCUCCGCCUGCGUAGGCCGAGUCCUCCUCAUGUGGGCGUCCCUCUGCGGCACUGCCGCCGCCGCCCGAGUCCAGCUCAACGGGUGCUACGCUCUCUACCAGGCCUCCGGCUUCCCCCAGGUCUCCGGCACCCAGAUGCUCUACAAGACCUGCGGUUCCGGGCGGGGCGGUGGCGGCUUCGAGGUGAAGCGCGACACGGCCUUCGCCCAGCUCCAGAGCGGCGUCGCCGGCGGCCAGGGGUUCUUCGCCACCAGCUACGCGUCCGUAUACGCUAUGGCGCAGUGCGAGGGAGACCUCUCCGCCGGCGACUGCAGCGAGUGCGUCGCCCAGGCGGUUCAGAAGUCGGAGGUGGAGUGCGGCGGCGCCGCCUCCGGCCAGGUGUACCUCGACAAGUGCUACAUCAGCUACAGCUAUUACGCCAAUGGCGUACCUCACGGCGACAACAACAGCGGCGGAGGAGGGCAAACAGAGAAGACAGUGGCCAUAGUGGUGGGAGGGGCAGCAGGGGUUGGGUUCUUGGUGAUCUGCUUGCUGUUUGCCAGGAGUGUACUGAAGAAGAGAGAUGAUUAUUGAAGGUUGGUGUGGUGACUGGUAAGUGGCGGGGCAGUAAUAGAGGAGUAAUUGAAGGGAGAUGGAGUUUGGAGAGGGGAUCGUGUCCUUGUAAAGGGUUGGGCUUCACAGAGGAGGGAAAGGAUGUUUGUACAUUGGGAAUGGAUUCGUGGCUGGAGCACAGAGCGGUCCUUUGGCUGUUUCCUUCUAUAUGCGUUUCAUCCAUCAUGUCAGAGAGGGGGAGGGAAUACUGGAUGUCGGGUCCAAUCUGCUCUCACUGUGGGGAGAUGCACCUCUCUUCUUUUUCAAUCAUCAUCAUGUAUAUCUGUCCCUACAUAGAGGGAUGGAAGUGUAUACAGAGAUUCAAGGGAUUAUUUUUGACACAAGACAUUCUCGAGUAAAUUUUGCAGAAUCCCUUUCUACUUGUUUCAGGGCUUUAAUAUAGUGGGCAAAACUUUUGGAUCAUACCAAUCAGCAUUGAAAGGUCAGUCACAGGAUUAUACUCUUUUAGAGCUUUGUAUAGCGACAACAGUGGUCAUGAUAAUUUGUUUGAGUAGAUUGCUAUUACAGCUUGCAGUAAGUUUUCAUUGGUUUCUUGUAUCAGAACCCUUGAUGAGUAUGUUCUGCUUCCUCCAUUAUAAUUCUAUUAUUUGUAAAUUUUU